AUGACAACGAUCGUUUCAUUUCCGUCCCACACAGAAUCACAUUGCCUCGUUCCGGAUACGAACAACAACAACAACAGCAGUAACAACACGCGCCUAAAACGGGAUUCCAGUCCGACCAAGUUGCACGCUUCACGAGCUAUGGUUCAAUGGUCCAAUUUGGUCAGUGGUUCCACAGCACAUUCGACUACGCAUCUGAUCUCAUCACGCGGUGCAACUAUCACCACAAAGUCCGCUGAACAAACAACCAACAAUUCAGAAUCCGAUUGUGAAAUGAAUGCUGAAACCAGAACACACAACCCGGAAGAAGACAAUUAUGCGAGAGAGGACCGUGAUCUUACCCGAGGGACCGAGCUACCUGAUCCACGAGCGACCAAAUCAUUCCUCAUUUCAAAUUUGCUUGGGUCUCAAACAAAAUGUGAUCCAUCGUCUGUGAAAUGUGGUAAGUAG